AUGGGUGCUGCCAAACCGUCCCUCCUUCAUCUUCUUCCCUCGAGCCCAAAACCCAAAACCUGCAAAAGCGGUAGCAGCCUACAAAAGCCCUCUGCAAUCCAACCAACAACGAGGAGAAGUAUUCUCUUCUCUCUACCAAUCUCCACCACUCUCCUUCUCUUCCCCAACCCCACUCCCAUUUCCUCCGCUCCCCUUCCCAACUUCGACCCUGUCAGCCCUUCCGAGAAGGAUGCCAGUCUGGCACUCUCCCGCCGCAUCUCCAUAGCCGUCGGAUUACUCGAUAAAGGCAGGGAAUUUCAGGCCCAGGGUGACUUCAGCUUAGCCCUGGAGUACUUCACUCAGCUUGCAGAGGAUUCUUCGACGGGAAAAAAAAGCGGUAGCAGCCUACAAAAGCCCUCUGCAAUCCAACCAACAACGAGGAGAAGUAUUCUCUUCUCUCUACCAAUCUCCACCACUCUCCUUCUCUUCCCCAACCCCACUCCCAUUUCCUCCGCUCCCCUUCCCAACUUCGACCCUGUCAGCCCUUCCGAGAAGGAUGCCAGUCUGGCACUCUCCCGCCGCAUCUCCAUAGCCGUCGGAUUACUCGAUAAAGGCAGGGAAUUUCAGGCCCAGGGUGACUUCAGCUUAGCCCUGGAGUACUUCACUCAGGUGGUCAAUGAUUAUAAAGAAUUUGCAUUUUCGGACUAUGCAAGAGUUGGGAGGGCAUUGGCCUUGUACGAGGUUGGUGAUAGAGAAGAAGCCAUUGCAGAGAUGGAGGAUGUUUCCAUAUCUCUAAAGGGAUAUCCAGAAGUUCAUGCAGCUCUAGCCGCAGCCUUGUAUACAGACAAGCAUGCUCCAUUGCUAGCUGAAAACCAGUUCACAAUUGCAACUUUGCUUGAUCCUCACUAUACAGACAUCUCGUAUGUAAGAGAAAUGAAGCAUUGGCCUCCGAGCCUGGUUUGUUCUUUGCAACACUUCAUCACCCUUUCCUAGAAUUUCAGUAAAUGUGUAUUAUCAAAAUGAUUUUUUAAUCUUUCCAUACUCCACAGUCAUAUAUCAAUUAAAAGUAAAUAUAUAGCCAUUUGUUCUUUUUUCUUCUUUUUUCCAUUUCUCUAUUGAUUUUGUAUCACCAUCAUGUCAUAAGCAUUCAUCAAUGCUAAUGUAUCAUGUUAUUAACUAAAAAAUUAUGGUGGAAGUUUUUAUAGUA